AUGCCUCCUGGAUUCAUAGACGAUAAAGCCCGGUUUGGCUGUAAGAUGGACCGAAGCUGUAACUGCUUCAUGCCCUCUGGCCACGAAGCACUGCAGAAAGUUCUGCCAGCCCCCGAGGGUGCGCGUGAGAUCCGACUACUUCUUAACUGCCCGACAGCUUAA